AAAAAAAAACGAAAGAAAUAGAAACGUAAACCGUAAACUUCAAUCUACAAAAAGUAAAAAAUACAUAGCGUAGCAGAUCUGCUUUAAAAUGAGCGAUAGUGAUACGAUGAGAACACCUGGGCCUUUACGCGCACCCUUUCCCGGUGGUGUACCACCGCGACCCGUGGCUGGAACGAUUAGGCCUACAGGCGGUCCUGCGGCGGGUCCAGUCAGAGCGGGAUUGCCGCCGCCAUUACGACCUAACGAUAGCCGAGUAAAUGUAUUAAUGGCGUCCGGAGCACAACCAAGACCUGUUGGUCCUCCACAAAUUAGAAACGCCACACCGUCGCAAAUCAACAAUUUAGGUCCAAUGAGCCCACCUAGCCAGGGCGGAGCAAGAGCGGAAGGUACAUUUUCGUGGCCACCAUCUGCACCUGGGCAACCAACACAGAAUCGUCCCCAAAACGUGUAUCCCGGCAAUCAGCAAACUCGUCCCCCAUACGCUAGGCCAUCUGGAAUUGGUCCCUUAUCUCAGCCGUCUGCUUCGCGGCCACAAUUUCAAUCUCAACCGCCACAACAACAAAAACAAUCACCACAACAGGGUCAAGCCCAACCUGAACGACAAUCUUCAUCACUUUCUAACAAUGAUGAUGAAGACGUUAUAAUGGGUCAGGCUGUGACACCAUUAAAAUCUGCAACACCUAAAACUGAUCCAAUGGGUCCGUCGACGCUAAUCGAAGAAGCUGAACCAAUCGAAAUGAAAGAAAUCCAAGAAUUAUCGCCCAUCACUAAAACCAGCGACUUAUCUCUUACAUCUCCUGAGUCAAUAAGCAAUGAAAAGCCUUUAAAAAAAUUGAGUAUUGAAACAUCGAAGAAUGACUUAAACAUUGAGAAAUUGAAGAAAGUUGAAAUAUAUCAGGGCGAUAAUGACAGCGGUGUGGAUGAGUCUACGCAAGAAAAGGAACGUCACGGACCUGGUUCACCCAGCUCACCAGUUAAAACACCAACAUCGGUUUCUUCUAAGCCGGAGAAAUCAGCCGCAUCACGUCCACCAAGUACUACGCCAUCGAAUAAAUCGACAAAAUCGCGCAGUACUUCAAGGAAUCGCUUGGUUUUAAAAACACCGGAGCCAGAACCAAAUAAAAAAGUACCAAUGAAUAAAAUACAAGUUGGACACGCUCCUUCACCCAAUUUGAAGGCCGUACGUUCCAAAAUUGGAUCUCUAGAUAAUGCCUCCUACAAACCCGGCGGUGGUAACGUUAAAAUUGAAACCAAGAAAGUUGAAAUUAAGGCAACGCCACGGAUCGAGGCUAAAAAUGAUAAAUACGCUCCGAAAGGAGGAGACAAAAAGAUAAUUUCAACAAAAUUGCAAUGGAAUGCUAAAUCGAAAAUUGGCUCCUUGGAAAACGCCCAUCACAAGCCCGGUGGCGGCGAUAAGAAAAUUGAAACGAUUAAAACAGAAUUCAAGGAAAAGGCCAAACCAAAAGUGGGCUCUAAAGACAAUGUUAAACAUGUACCAGGAGGUGGCGACAUUAAAAUUCAAACGCAGAAAAUUGACAUUAAAGCACAAAGUAAAGUUGGCUCCAUGGAUAAUGUUAAGCACAAGCCCGGUGGUGGCGGCAGAAAAAUAUUUGACGAUAAGGAUUAUUUGAAAAAUGUGGAGCAUGGAGUUUCUCUUGCUAGUCCUCCUUCACAGCCAACGCAGGGUCGUUUAAUAGCCACCAUUCAUCUAGAAUUCGGUUUAUGUAAUUCGGAUUGUGUGUGUACCGAGAUAUUUAAUUCACUCUUUAAUCACAAUAAUCGAAAUAAUUGCAAAUGAUUUAAUUGCGCAAACACGAGGAAUUGCAAAUAAUAAUAAGCCAAAUAUGAAACAAAGACACAUAAACACCGCUCCUCACCUCAUCUUAUUACAAAAGAGAAAAAAAAAAAAAAAUUUGUUCACCUUAUGUACCUUUUCACCAAAUAAUUUAUUUCUUUGUACAAUCGUAUGAAACGGAUAUCCAUCUCUGACUUAUUUUUAUUUAUUCCUGCUUUUAACGAAAGCGCUUAACAAAGUUUUAUGAAAAUAUUUAUUUUAUCCUAUUGAAGCAUAUAUAUCUCCCAUGAUAUACGCAAGAGUAUGUGUAGCCAAAUUUAUUCAUAGAAAAUUUUCUAAUAUAAGAACAGAAAGCUUAUUUACAAAUAUAUUUUUAGAAUAUAAUUUUAAUAUAGGCACAAAAGUUUUAUAAUAAUUUUACUAAAAAAAGUGCACAAAUGAACGAACAAGCCAAAACGUUAUGGUGGGCCAUGGGCCACCAUUAAAUACCCUACAUCACUCUACAAUUAUUCUUACAACGAUUUUCCGAAAUAAAACGUUAUAUGGAAAGUGAUCGAAAAAGUGGUCCGAUUCGAUUCAUCUCCACGUCAGUGUAGCAAAUUUCAUCAAUAGCUCAAAAUAUACGACGACUUGUAGCCUGAGUAGAAGAACCCAUAGCAGAUGGAUCAUUAGACGAACAAACGGACAGACGGACAGUCCAGCUUAGUUUAGUGCACCAAACCUCAUCCAAACUGCUCAAAACUUUUCCGGCUGGAGGAGGGACUGAAGAAAACAAGACUGAUAGGUAGAAAGACAAGCGAAAUUAAAUCGAUCCUGGUAUAUUGAAAGGUUGACUUAUAUCUUUCUGGAUGUUGCACACAUACGCCCAAAUUUAAUAUAUAUCCUUGUACCACGAGUAGCGCAGGCUGCAAUAAUAUGGAAAACGUUUUCUAUUUAAAGAAAUCAAUUGAAAUCGAAUACAGGGGCCAGUUGUUAUAGAAAAGCUUCAGAGAGGCUUUUCCGAUCAAUCGAGUCAUUACUUCUAAACUCAAACCAUUGGGCGUGGUUUCGAAAAUAUCAAGAAGCCAAGCAUUAUUCCGUCGCUUUAUGACUCCAUCAUCGGAGGAAACUGUGCAUACCUUAGUUUUGUCACUUUCGGAAAAUCCUCCUUUUGAAGACAUGAAUUGAGACACAGGUGCAGCUACACUUAAAAGUCCAAGCGGUGAAACAUUAGCUUUAGAAAUAAAAUAACUACAGGAAAGGUAAGCUUAAAUGCUAAAUCUCCGCGAGUAGAACUCUCGCAAUGAAUUCCGUAGUCCUUUCCAUAGGCAGAGACCGAAGUCAUUAUUAAAAUAAUUGAAUUGUGCUUGAUUUUUUGCUUGAUUUCUCCUUAUACUUUGGCUUCAAGUGAUUCUCAUUUCAAU